UUGAAAUUGAAUUCAGUUGAUAUGGUUCGUGUUUACAAUGGAAUUGAUUCGAACAAUAAAUGUUUUUAUUAUAUUGCUCCAAUGUCUUUAAACGUAGUGUCGGCUUCUGAGCGUGUGUGUACUGUCUGGAUCUCUUGCGUGUGACUUGAAGAAAAUCCAAAGUUUGUUCGUUGUGUCAACACGUAAUGGUGAUCUCCAGCAGUCGAAUUUUGGUGGCGUCCGCCGGGGUAUAAAUGGUCAAUGAGGGCACAGGAAACACCUCAGUGCCUACGACAGGCUGACCAUGUUAACCCAGCAAAAAAGAGAUUGUUGAUUACGGAUACGAAAAAGAGUGAUUGCCCUGCCACUUUUUCAAUUAAAUGUGUUAAAGUGUAUCCAGGCUAUUCUGUUCAAUCAGUAGAUGAUCGUGAAAUUAAAAAGAAUGUUGUCCAUAGUUUAAAACAGGCUUUGGAGGCAGCCAAUAAACCUGAAAGUGUUCUCCGCUUUUAUGUGAGGGCGUCACCACCAGACCACCGUACCCACAGCACAGAAAGCGUAAAAGCAAGUGGAGACGUACAUCCCUUGCUAGCUGCGGAAAUAGCAAGAGUUGUUGAAGAUGGAACUACAUCUGUGAGAAUAAUAAAGUUACACCUUGAAAGAUUUGUGAACAUAACCUUCACUGGACCACACAAGCCAGAUAAUAUGAACACUACAUUUUACCCCACACAUCUCACAAUAUAUAGUCAUAUGUACAGGGCCCUUAAGAAAUUGAAGAAAAGUGUGUUUGACCAAGAUGCUUUGCAAAUGCAGAUUAAUGAGUGGCAGAAAGAAUAUAGAGGUGACAAUAUUUUUUUUCAGGCCUUUUUCAGAUGUUGAUGGAGAAAUACAGCCAUUGCUGUUUUGUUAUGAGAUUGCAUGGCAGAAUGAUAUGUUAAAAAAAUAUGGAGAUGUAUGUUUGCUUGAUGACACCUACAAAACAACAAAAUAUGACAUUCCUUUAGUUUUUGUUACAGUAAAGGCAAACAGAUGCUGUUUAGUGGUAGGUUUUUUCUUUAUUCAGGUAGAAGAUACGAGGUCAAUUGCUGAAGCGCUACUUGUUUUCGAGAGAUGGAAUACAAACUUCAACCCAACCUACUGGGUUAUGGAUUUCUCAGAGUCCGAGAUAGCAGCAAUUAAAGAAAUAUUUCCAUUUUCAAAAGUAUACUUGUGUUCAUUUCACAGGGAACAGGCUUGGGGGCGAUGGGUUAAAAAGGGAGGGAAUCUAACUGUAGGAACUGAUAAGGAGUCCGUUCUGGAGCUGUGGCGCUAUGUUGCAGCGUCUCCAUCUGAGGAACAGUUCAAACUCAAUGUUGAAAUGUUAGAGACUCUUGAGGUUUUUCGUAGGAACCCCGAGGCACUUAUUUAUUUUAAAAAUCGAUGGCUCUCAGUUGCUGAAAAAUGGGUGAGAGCUUUUGAGAAUAUUGGCAUAUUUGCCAACAUUAGAACCACAAACGGUGCUGAAACAAUGAACAAGAAGGUCAAAAAGUCUUUUCUGAACUAUGACACAGACAAAACAUUAACAGGAGUUGUUAAAGUAUUAGUAAAUAGUUUCAUUCCUGGCCUCAUGAAAAAGUAUUGCCAAAUGAAUUCUGUUAUUAGAAAGAACAAUGAAGUUGUACCUGCAUUUUUGCACGGAAAGACACAGGAAUUUAUAACACACUUGUGGAAACGAUAUUCUUCUGCAGAAGAAAGCUUCAGUAAAGAGUCAGUGUCAGUAAUAAGUGAGGGUGUUUUUUCCGUGAAAAGCGACACUUCAAAAGAUCUUAGGUAUACUGUAAACUUUGCGGAACCAAGUUGUACGUGUGAAGAUUACCAAAAGCAGAAAAAAUGUAUGUGUAAACAUUUUUGUGCCAUCUUUAUUUUCUAUCCUCAAUGGGGUUUUGACAAAGUAAAUGAAAAGUACAGAAAUAGCCCGUUAAUUUGUUUGGAUAGGUCAUAUGGGUAUGGUGCAAGUGGCAGCUGUAUUUCACAGACAGGAGUCCAGCAGUGAUGAUGCUACGAAUGAAGAGCAUAACAUUCCUGAACCAUCAGCUUCUUCUUCAUCUCUUGUUUCGAGAGGCGAGAGAGAGAUGUCGGAACAUUAUAAAUCUCACAUACAGUUGUGACAGUGACACGAUAAAAAAAGUGUUAGAGGCACUUAAAAAUGUGGAACAUAUUGGAAGAUUGUCGAACCCUACAGAAAAUGGUCUUCCUUUAGCAGCGACAUCAUCUUCAAAAAUGUAGGAACACUCAUUUAAAUGGAGGCAGGAUUUGUGAAACACGUAUUUGCCCUUUUGCUUUUCUGGAUGUUCAUGCAGAUUUAAAAAUGAAAUGGAUUGAUCAGAGUAUGGUGAGAUAAGUGUCUACAGCAAUCACUUACAUUGGGAGAUUUUUCAGUUUUACAUUAAAAUAUGUGGUAGUACAGCAAAUUUAAAACUGGAAGAACUUCCCAACCAAAAUGAAAGUCAUGGUUACACAACUUGCCAUACCCUCAUAAAUACAUUUUACCAUCAAUAGUUAAAGUAGAUACCCAACUGUGUGCUGAUUGUGCUGCUACUGAUACUUUUUUUGUUAAAUGGUAUUGGUAGCAUGAAGCAAGACUGGAAGUACCAAAAAGCUCUUCUUUAUUUCUUAUAACAAUAAUAAUAAUUAUUAUUAUUACACUUUAUUACAAACAUUGUCAGAGUUAUUGGAGAAAUACAUAAUAGGUGGUACCAAUGGUCAUUACUGAAGUUUGAUACAAGAGAAGUAAAACUCUGAAUGGCUCCUAAAAAUCAGAUCUGAUCAAAUUUUACAGAAAGCUACAUGUAAAUAUACAGGAGUAAAAACUGUCACCACUGUUGUCAUGAGAUUUUCUAUAAUGCUAUAGCUAAGACUUUUUAUGUAGUGUUUGACAAUUCAGUAUGGAACUUUUCCAGUAAUGGGUAAUGAAAAUGUCAUGGCGCCUGUGCAGAAGUGCCUAUUUCAUAUUAGAGUUAGAGACCCAUGUGUGCACCUGUUUAAUGUUAAAAAGUGUUGUUUUUAUAUAUGUUCGAUCAGAAGUUAAACAACAACACUUUUCAUGUAAAACAGAAGCACAUGCACAUGUGCCAUGUUCAUUUCCCAUUACUGAAAAAUGACUGACCAUUCUAACUACAUUUUAUGUAGGGUUUAUGUAAAAAUUUGUAAUGUUUACAGGGCUUUUUUGUCUCUUUUGCAACAAGUGAGGGUUUGGCACUCAUUUAUGUUCCACUACAGUUUCCGCACAAAAUACUCAAACUCACUGCUUGCACUGAUUCAGUACAAAAGUCAAUUUCUAAAGCAUAUGACACCAUUGCAUUGUUGUAUCUUUCUGUGCAGGCUCAGGGAUAUAUGUUUCAAUGGUAGGAUUUUUCUGGCAGUCUGGAAUGAGGUUAGAGAGAGAACUAUUGCUAAGACCAUAAAUCCAGUAAUGUUUCAACACCAUUUGUGUGUGAGUGUGAGUGAGUGACUACUUCCAAAAGCAGUUCCUCAACCAUUGUCUCGUGGAUCUCUCACAGACACACACACACACACACACACACACACACACACACACACACACACACACACACACACACUGAUAUUCUUUAAUUAUCCUUCAAGAUGCAGCUGGCUAGUAGUACGCAUUGCAACAUAAAAAUUAAUAUGUUCCCCACAGGCAAGAAUUAGAUAUGAACCAACAAAAUUUCAUGCAAGGAUAUUGCCAAAAUUUGUGCCCCGUUAAGUUUUAAUGAUUCCGUAACAACAGGUGAUGUAAUAUGUCCCACAAGAAGUAAUGCACUCCCAUUUUCUACAGUUAUAUAACCUGGUUCCUAAGACAGAAGUGUCAAGUGUGUCCAAGUGAAAUAAUGUAAAUAGUUUUUUUCCAAAAGGGAUAUGAAUCCUUAAUAGUUUUUACCUUGAACUCUAAGAAACUGGCACCCAACCCAUUAACUGUGGAUGAUGAUUGUUCCAUCUCUUGGAAAUUUGUAAAACUUCAUAAAUUGGCACUCAUACAAUCAACUUAAAAGGAUGGUCGAGGAAAAGAAAAAUCCGACCACUAAACACCACAUCUUUGCAUUGAGUGUGAGGCAAAACAUAGGAAAGUCAUAUUUUGUAUAUAUCAUCUAGCAAAUUAACUUGCAUUGCUUUGUGUCACUGUUCUGUACUGCAUUGGUAUUGGGAUUCAGACUCAGCAGGGAAAAGGUUCACAUCCAUAGAUUCUGUUUGUGCUCAUUAAUCUGAAUCUCUAUUAAAUUUUCUUCACAUUGCAAAUUGUCUUGUCUGUGAAGUAAAACUACAUGUGGUUGUGGUGUGACUUGAUUUCUCUAGUGAAGUCAAUGGGAAUAAGUAGAUUCUGUAAGCUUACGUGGAUUUGGUUUAUGUAGCUAAGUGGUACUUAAUAUUUAAAAUUUGAUAAUCUUGUAACUGUUAAAUACAUAAGAAUUUUUUUGUACUUAUUACUAUAGACAUAGGAUUUUUGUGUAAAUGAACUCUUAAAAAACUACAAAUGUAUUUGUUUUUGUAAAUAAAGUGGCUGUCUCACACCAUAAUAAAUUGUACAGAUGAGCAGUGUAUAUAUGUUAUGGAUGUAUACCAUGUUUUUAAUGAAAACUGUAAUCAUAUUGUUUGUCCAGUAAAACCAAAUUUUGAUUCUU